UUACUACUAUAUUAAGAGGGUACAAAUCUCAAAAUCGCAUCGAGUCCAUAAUCAUAAUCUUCCUUCAAAAUUCAACUUCAUUCUCUAAUUCUUCUUUGUUUCGAAUCGUUUCUUCAAAUUCGAAGGCUUUUCUAGGGUUUAACCAAAAACCUAAUUCAAACCCUAAAUUUCCCAAUUUCUUCACUCGAUCUUGCACCCACUCUCACCAUCUUCGAAAUUCCGAAUCAAUUCUCAAUCGCCCUAUACCCUUAGAUCUAAUCAGUCACUGAACGGGCAUUGGUGAGGUUUAGUUGUUGAUGAGCUUUGUGAAUGUAGAAUAAUAGUGAUUUAGGAAAUGAUUUGUUGGGUUUUUAAGUAAUAUGAAGUGCUGAAUAUGAGCAAUGGCAACGGGAAGACUGGAAAACAGAUUGAACAACAGCCUAACACUACAUGUAGGAGGAAGAGAGUGGGUGGUGGUGAUGAAUUUGCUCAAUCUAUUGCGAAGGUUGCAGUAGCGCAAGUAUGCGAGAGUAAGGGUUUUCAAGGAUUUCAGCAGUCGGCGCUUGAGGCAAUGUCUGAUGUUACUGCUCGGUAUAUUAUGAACAUUGGGAAGUCUGCAAAUUGUUAUGCUAAUCUUGCUGGUAGAAAUGAAUGCAAUGUUUUUGAUGUCAUUCAAGGGUUAGAAGAUAUGGGGUCAAUGCAGGGGUUUACCGGCGCCUCGGAUAUUGAUCACUGGCUGGAAGAUUCGGGUGUUGUUAGGGAAAUUGUUCAGUUUGUUAAUGAGGUUGAACCGGUUAUGUUUGCACACCCGAUUCCUCCGUUUCCGGUUGUGAAAGAACGUGUGCUGCCUCCCAGUUUUUUGCAAAGAGGAAAAGAGCCUCCUGAUGAGCAUAUUCCGGCGUGGUUGCCUGCAUUCCCAGAUCCAGAAACUUAUUUGCAGUCUACUACGGUGAAUGGAAGAGGGACAGAGCCUCGUACCACCACAUUUGAGCAUGAAAGAGAAAAUGGCAAGGGGGAUCGGCCUCUUUUGAAUUCACAGCAGCAGAUGGUCUCAACUAUGUUUGAGAACUCCACCAUGGUUGACCCUGCAGUUGCUAAGGCAAAGAUAGUAGGAGCAGAAAGUAACCCUUUCCUUGCUGCACCUUUGAAAAUCGAGGAUAAGGAAGUUUCUUCUGUUGCCCCUCCAGCUAAAUUCUUUAAUAAUGUUUCUUCUGAUACUCCAGUUGGAGAAAAUUUAAUUCAAAAUGAACCUGGUUCAGUAUUAGAGACCUUUGCUCCAGCAAUUGAAGCAAUUAACAGUGCAUCCUGUGAUUCCAAGGAAGAUCAGACAAAAUUUCCUGUGAAAGAGAAACCUACUGUGCGUUUUAAGGUUGGGACCAAAAAUAAAUUCUUAGGAAGGUCAAUUGGUUUGAUUCCACAAAACGAGGAGCAUAAAAAGACUUUGCCGUGGUUUGCGAUGGAGGAUGAGAAGGAUGACAGGAAAAGAAGGGCCGAGAAAAUUUUGAGGGAAUCUUUGGAAAACCCAGACCAGCUUGUUCAGUUGUAAAAUAGAUUGCUUUAUUAGAUUCUGUAUACUUACUUGAUCAUGAGAUAUCGGGAUAACUACUUCUGGGAUAUUGAAAUCUAGCUAACUUUCUGCUUAGACAUUUUCCUAGUUUAGCAAUCUUUCAGGUAUGUGCAUGUCAAUUGUUUGGUAGAUCAAUUAAUGAUUCUUUUCAUUGAAAUUUGUUGGCACCCUACUCUGUAUGAUCUUAUUGAAUUUAGCAUAUAAAAAAUCAAUUUCUGAACUGUAGCAAA